UCUAUCCCCCCUCAUUUACAUUGAGCGAGCUCUGUCAGCACAUGAACGAACAUGACAGACCGUGGACCUAAAUUCAGAAUAGCAAAGUUUCUCAAGAUUAUUAUUUGCACUGUAUUAUUUAUCACCCUGGUGUUAUUUACAAUAGCCUCGGUGAGAACACUUUCACUGGACGUGAAUAUCGGACUUCAGCUUGCACAGUGGGAAAAGGUAAACAACAUCGCGCCUGACAUAAACCAGCGUCAGAGAGAGGAGCUCCUCGCUAAUUUCAAAGAGGCUAUCCGGAUCCCCACCGUGUCAUCCACAAACACAGACAUCAACACCACCGCGCUGCUUGAAUUUCACAAGCUCUUACGGAAAGCCUUCCCAACAGUUUUCUCGUCAAGUCUGGUUCAUCAUGAGGUGGUGGCUGACUAUAGCCACCUGUUUUGGGUGCCGGGCACCCAGCCUGCCCUGGCACCUUACAUGCUGCUGGCCCACAUCGAUGUAGUGCCUGCCUCAGAGUCUGACGGCUGGGAGGCUCCACCAUUUUCUGCCAAGGAGAUAGAUGGCUUCAUUUAUGGCAGAGGCACCAUUGAUGACAAGCAGUCUGUAAUGGGGAUUCUCCAGGCCCUGGAGUACUUACUCGCAAAAGGCUAUGCACCACGCAGAGGGUUUUACAUUGGACUUGGACAUGAUGAAGAAGUCAGUGGUUUCCAGGGGGCCAUGAACAUAGUGCGUGUGCUGAAGCAGCGUGGCGUGCGACUGGCAUUCGUCCUGGACGAGGGCCUGGCUGUACUGGAUGGAAUCAUCAGCGGUCUUGAGGGACCCGCUGCUCUGAUUGGAAUAAGUGAGAAGGGCCAGGCUACACUGAAGCUGAGUGUGUUGAUGACCCCUGGUCACUCCUCCAUGCCGCCCAGGGAGAGCAGCAUUGGUAUACUGGCUGCAGCCAUUAAAAGGCUGGAGGAGAACCCCAUGCCAAGGCUGUUUGGUUAUGGGCCUGAACGCGGGACCUUUGAACACCUGGCUCAUAAGUUCAAGCUUCCAUUGAAGUUCAUAAUGUCCAAUCUGUGGCUGUUUUCUCCACUCCUUGGCAGGGUAAUGGAAAGAAGACCAGACACCAAUGCUUUUGUAAGGACGACCACAGCUGUCACUAUGUUUAACUCAGGAGUCAAGGUGAAUGUUAUCCCCCCUCUUGCUGAAGCUUAUGUAAAUCUACGCAUCCAUUCAGCACAGUCAUUACAAGAGGUCCUGGAUCUGGUCCAGUCUACAAUAGGGGACCAGCGUGUGAAGAUAGAGCUGGUUGAUGGUUUUGACCCUCUGCCGAUCAGCUCCUAUGAUGAAAAGUCAUUUGGCUUCCAGAUCAUUAAGAAAACUGUGCUAGACCUAUUUCCAGAAGUCACAGUUGCCCCAGGUAUCACUGUUGGUAACACAGACAGCCGCCACUUCAAAGAGCUGACCAAUGCUACCUAUCGCUUCGCCCCAACCUGGUUUAAACCAGGUGAUCCUCAGAGGUUCCAUGGCAUCAAUGAAAGGAUUUCUAAAAAGAACUAUGAGGAACUGGUAGUGUUUUACUUCCAUCUGAUUCAAAACUGCGACACUGAGAAGCUCCCUGAUCCACACAGCUCUGUCCAUGAGCUCUGAGGGAAAGGUAGUAUUGGUGACAAGUGCAAUCUUAACCAGGGUUACUUGGUAGUAGCUAGUAAUCUUAUUUUCCACACAUAAGGAAAGAAGGCAAUCAAUGAUUUCACUCGUUUUUACAAACAGAAUAUUUGUAUGAUGGGGCCAGAAAGUGCAGUUCUGCAGUGCGUUUUUUUUUUUUUUUCCAGUCUUUUAUAAUUAACAUGCUAAUUUAGCUUUGCAGUGUGUGGGGAAACUAGGCACCAGUAACUACUGUAUGUGGACCUACUAUUUGUAAUAUAUAAUGACAUGAUUUUGGUUUUGUGACAGACAAUGAUAAAAUAAAUGAUAAAUGUUUUACAUAUCAGAAAAACGUCA